AUGUCACUUUUUCCCUGUUUUGAUGAGCUUCAGCAAAGGAAGGAAUCGGCUGUGCACAGUGACAAAAAUUCCAAUGAAAGUUGUAGCAAGACUGGUGAGGUGUGGUGUGCUACAACAAGCAACAUUGCCACUCAUCGUGAUGGUGGUCAUAAAAAUGGCGGCGGUGAUGGGGGUGGGGGUAAAAGUGGGGCUUUCAGAAAAAACAUAGAUCAUAAAAAGAAGAAAGAAAAAAAGAGGCAGAAGAUGUUGUCAGACGAUAGUAGCGAUUAUGAUGAUGAUGAUGGUGGAGACCCUCCUAACAAAAGGCACAAAAACUCAAAAAUAGCUGGUGGAAUGAAUGAAUCUCAAAGCAAAUCAUCUUCACUAGAUAGAUUACCCAUCUCAUUAUCACCAAUACCAUCAUCAUCGUCGUCGUCAUCAAAACCAGCUUUGUCAUCGGAACGACAGUCGUCACAACUAACCGAUGAUGAGCAUGAAUUUUUCAUUGAUGUGAAGCCUGACCGAGAGAACACGUUAUAUGAGGGCAACUACAGGGUGCCUACGUACAAGAACAUCUUCAACCUGCAUGAUCACCAUACAUCACCGUCAACCAACAACAAUAGCAAAUCAGAAACCAAUGAAAGAUAUUUUUCAGUGGCUCGUCAACUGAAGCAGUUGAACAUUUCAAAGGGUCUUGAUGCAGUUGUUUUGCCACCAUCUUCAUCAACAUCAACAUCAUCUCCAUCAUCUACAAUUAAAAUGGAGCUGGCUCACAAACAUGAUUCUGCCGGCGCUACCAGCACCACUAACAUCAACACCAACAACCACAGCGCAGAUGACGCCACAAUAGAACUUCAGACUAGAUCAUUCAAUGAAAAGUUGAGGAAGGACCCUAGAAAUUCACAACUCUGGAUUGAGUUUGUUCAUUUUCAGGACAAGAAAUUCAUGCACGAUAUGAAUCUGUCAACGUUGAAUGCACGCUCCAACAACGACCUUCAACUUUUGAGUGACAUCAAGCUAUCCAUCUUAGACGAGGCCAUCAAAUAUCAUCCGCACCAUCACAAACUCAUCUUACUUAGACAGCAAAUAAGAGAGUCAGCAUGGUCGAAAGAGGAUGUGAUAUCAAGUUGGAACCAACUCAUUAAUACUCAUGAGAGAGAUGCUAAACUGUGGAGCAGUUACAUAAGAUACAUGAAGAGCAAAAUGAAGAGCUUUGACGAAGUGCUCGAUGCUUACAAGAAGUGUUUCACUCAUUUAAAACAUACUGGACAAGUUACUCAACUAAUUAAUCUGCUGAGAGAAGCCUCCAACUUCAUCAUGCAAGCUGGCCAAUCGGAAUUAAGUAUUUCCGUGUACCAACUCUUGAUUGAUAUGAAUCUGACUGCGCCCAAAUCGAUAAAGUCUCUCUCGUUGGAUGACCAAUUGGACUUCCUUAAUGCCUAUUGGUCGGCAGGCGCUGCCAGGUUAGGAGAACCACACUGGGUUGGUUGGGGCGUAUGGGUGGACAAAAGAGGAGAAGUACAGCAGCAGCAACAGAUCGGCAUUCAUGGGAAAAGUGAGGAAGAAGUUGAACUAGAAAUUUUAUCAGCUAACCAGAAUAAUCGACCAACAUGUUGGAGCCAAUUAGAAUUAAGUAGGUCACGGCGUCAUUGGUUUCCGUGGAGACCAACCAAUGACGAAGACGAGUGUGAAGAUGAUGAAAGGAUGGUAACUUUUGAUGAUCUGACCCAAUUUCUAUUCAAGAUUAAAACGAAUAAAAGAAACGACGAUGGUGAUGACGGAGUUGGCGGUGAGAGUCAUGAGGAGAAUGAUGAUGAUUACAACAUGUUCAUAUUGUUCAUCGACUUUCUCAAUAUGAUGAUGAAACGUUCUGGCAGAUAUGAUGGUGAUGAGGCUGAGUGCAACGAUGAAUGUGACGAAGAUGAUGAUGAUGCUGCUGCUGCCGAUGAUGACUAUUUGAAGAACAUACUUUUAAGUGGUGACGUGAUAAAGAGACACAACCAUUUAACAAAGCUCAACUUUAAAUUGGAUCGUGAGAGUGAUAAUGAUGAAGAUGUUGAUGAUGAUAACAAUGCUGAGGGUGGUUACAAUGGUGAGGGCUUUGAAAAUGUUGACGAUAUGAUUGAAAACCUCAUGCUUCUGGGAACGAAACAGUUUAAAAAUGAAUUUAAACGAAUAUUCUUGCACAAGUAUGUCUAUUACAAAUUCAACUCACUGAAGAUCAGAGGCACAGCUGAAAAGGAUUGCAGAAAGUUCUUUAAAAGUCUGUUGAAGGAAAAUUCAGAUGAUGUCUUAUUGUGGAUGAAGUACGCAAGUUUUGAAUAUUCAUGUGGCAAUGUAGAGCUGGCAUGGAAAGUCAUCAGCACAACACGGGCUAGUAAUUAUAAUAAUUCAUGCAAAAUUGUACUUGAAAGAUACAACUUUGAUUUUAUUAGUGGAUAUAUGGAAGAGUCUGCUCCUAAAUAUAAGGUUGGUUCGAGUGGUGUGAAAACCAGGCCAGGUGUGAAUACAAAUUUGAAAGCUGCUGAUGUCAACGCUGAGAAGGUUGUUGAAAGUUUAAGUUGGGUGCUGGCAACAUCGACGUCGACAGGCAUCAACAGCACGUUGUCUGAUUCACUUGCAACGCUCACAAAAUCUGAUGAAAAAUUGUGCAACAACAUCAGCAGAACUUCAUCAACAUUGUUGAACAUUGUUGAAGAUGCCAUCGUCAACAUGAAUGUUAAUGCCAAUAGAAAUAAUAAUAGUAAUAAUAAAAUUCACCUGUCUUCGUACUGCCUCCACCAUCUAGGACACGACCUCCUCCAUCUUGUCCACCUGCUCGUUCGAUUCAUCGCCAUAACUGCCGACAUCCAAGUUGCCGUUCAAAUCCAUGAUCGCGUUCUUGAUUUUCUACUCCACCAGACUCCUGCUAAUACUGCUACUAAUGAUUCUAACAACAACAGCAGAACUACCAACGACCGAGGAAAUGAUUCCAACAGCAAGAAGAAAAUUAGUUCAUAUGACAACAUGCUUCAGAAAUUCAAGUCCAGUCUUGCCCGCUACAUGAUUUAUGAUCUUUGGGAACUCAUAAAUUUUUACCUCAGUAACCACUUUUUGCAACAGACGCUACUCAUCGCCACGGCAACCAAACAUUUGAAAUUAUUUCCAAAGAGUCUGAAUAUAAUCCGCAAUUACAUGAUGCAUAGAAACGAAAAUAAUGUGAUGGCGUGCAUUAAUGAUGGCCUGGAUAUUUCUGAUUUGUUGUACGGAGGACGACCACUGCUCGCCCUCCGUGUGGCUUACCUGGCCUCGCUGUUCAGUCUCUAUUGCAGAAAUAAUGGCAGGAAAUCAGCAGAGAAUCGAAUGAUUAAUUUCAUGACCUUUUGUAUGAACGAUGAACAAACAGCCAAGUCCUCGAUGCUCUGGUAUCUUUGCUUCUUAAUCCAGGCCAGUGUGAGCAAAGGCAAAAUGAUUGACAUCUUCUACAGAGCCACUGAGCACCAUCCAUUCCUGAAGAAGCUCUACAUGUUGGCGAUCCGGUACAUCCCUGAAAAGUUCGUCACCAUAGCAACUCUUAUGGCCAAUAAGAAGAUCCGAGUGAGAACGUACACGGAGGAAGUUGAUUUGCUGAUGAAGUGCUUUCAAAUCGUGUCAGCCAGCAAACAAAUGAACGCUGGUGACGAUAAUUAAGAAUGAUUUGAAACUUUUCUUUCAGCUGGUGCAGGCAGCUUUCUGUCAACGAAAAAAAGUCCCAACUUUUUUGGA